CCUCCCUGCCGGCAGCGGGCCGCGGCGCAGCCUGCAAACCCCGGCGGCGUGUGGGGAUGGCGGCGACGGCGGUGACGGUUGGCAGGCUGCUGCGGCUCCGCGCGGCCGGGGCCGAGGGACACUGGCGUCGGCUGCGUGGCGCGGGGCUGCCGCGGGGCUUCCUGCAGCCCGCCUCGGCCGACGGGGAUGCGGCCCAGAGGCGGCAGGUGGCUCACUUCACUUUCCAGCCUGACCCGGAGCCACUGGAGUACGGGCAAACUCAGAAAAUGAAUCUCUUCCAGGCAGUAACAAGUGCCUUAGAUAACUCACUGGCCAAAGACCCUACUGCAGUAAUAUUUGGUGAAGAUGUUGCCUUUGGUGGAGUCUUUAGAUGUACUGUUGGCUUGCGAGACAAGUAUGGUAAAGAUAGAGUUUUUAAUACCCCAUUGUGUGAACAAGGAAUUGUUGGAUUUGGAAUUGGAAUUGCAGUCACUGGUGCUACCGCCAUUGCGGAAAUUCAGUUUGCAGAUUAUAUUUUCCCUGCUUUUGAUCAGAUUGUUAAUGAAGCCGCCAAGUAUCGCUAUCGCUCUGGGGAUCUUUUUAAUUGUGGAAGCCUCACCAUCCGGUCCCCUUGGGGCUGUGUCGGCCAUGGGGCUCUCUACCAUUCCCAGAGUCCUGAAGCUUUUUUUGCCCACUGCCCAGGAAUCAAGGUGGUUAUACCCAGAAGCCCUUUCCAGGCCAAGGGACUUCUUUUGUCAUGCAUAGAGGAUAAAAAUCCUUGUAUAUUUUUUGAACCUAAAAUACUUUACAGGGCAGCAGUGGAACAGGUUCCCAUAGAACCAUACAACAUCCCGCUGUCCCAGGCUGAAGUCAUCCAGGAAGGGAGUGAUGUCACUCUAGUUGCCUGGGGCACUCAGGUUCAUGUGGUCCGAGAGGUGGCUUCCAUGGCUCAUGAGAAGCUUGGAGUGUCUUGUGAGGUCAUUGAUCUGAGGACUAUAAUACCUUGGGAUGUGGAUACAGUUUGCAAGUCUGUGAUCAAAACAGGGCGGCUGCUAGUUAGUCACGAGGCUCCCUUGACGGGCGGCUUUGCCUCUGAGAUCAGCUCGACAGUUCAGGAAGAAUGUUUCCUGAACCUGGAGGCUCCUAUAUCGAGGGUAUGUGGGUACGACACGCCGUUCCCUCACAUUUUUGAGCAGUUCUACAUCCCAGACAAAUGGAAGUGCUAUGACGCCCUUCGAAAAAUGAUCAACUAUUGACCCCAGUAUAUAACAUAUAAUGGAAGCCAGAUGUUGACCCAGAUAUAAGGAGCUUCAUCCAUCCCAUCAUCCAGAGUGUGAAAAGCUGCAUUCGCCUGAAUCAAUACAUUUGUGGCCUGACCUGGAAAAGCAUAGGAAGAUAGUGCAUCAGAGUUACUUCCAUCAAGGUGAAGGGGAUUUGUGGCAUAGCUUGGAACACAAAGGGGGACUAUAUCACUUUUCCAUUCUAUAUCCUUCUCUGUCCUUUGACUUUUAAAGUAUGUCCCAUGGCUCCCCAACUCAAAUACAGCGUAAUAUUUAGAACCACAAAAUAUUUAAAGUGUUUGGUGAAAAUGUAUGCACCGUAGGAACUUUUUAAGAGUGUCAGAUACUAAUGCUGUGAUGGAAUUUAAUAUCUCAAAACCACGGGCUUCAAAGAAAUUAGACUUGAUCUAAGCCUCCGGAUCAGAAAUAAAAUAAAAAUGGAAAAUAUGACUUAUACUGGAACUCUACAAGCAACUUUUGGCUUUUUCUGUGAGAACACUACAGCUUCCCUGUUGGUAAACUUGGGAAUAAUGGAGAAAGUCUUGUGAGCUGGGAGCUUCUAGGCUGAAUGUUUAACUGCAGCUGGGAGAUAGCUGUUCCAAAGAGAGUUGAAGACAACACCAGGUUAACAAGCAGACAAGACUGUUAAAUGUGGCUUUUAAAAAGCCGGGCCCUUUGCAAAAAGGGAGGUGGAUACACAUCCCAUCCCUUGUUAAGUUUUCAAAGAAGAGAUAAAUGAGUAUUAUUAUUUUUGUAAAAUUUUAUUGAAGUAUAGUUGCUUUACAAUGUUAUGUUCAUUUCUGUCCAGCAAAGUGAAUAAAUGAGUAUGCUUUAGGAUUAAUAAUAAUGCUUUGAAGCUUCCUUUUCAGAAACAAAAAUUAAAGGGAAAAACACCUUGAACUAUUAUUUUAACUGCUUAGUGAUGUAUCUAUAUAUACAUUAUAUAUAGAUAUAUAAUGUAUAUAUAUCACAUCAUAUAUAUAUAUAUAUAUAUAUAUAGUUUUAAACUGAACUUUGUGGUGGUUUUAAACAUUUAUUCAGGGCCAACUAUAAGAUGAACAUGGAAUAGGUCUCAACUUCUGAGACAGUAGGAUUUUCAGAGGUUUAGAAAUUCAAACUCAUAUAAAAUAAAAUAUUAUUUUAAAUGCUCUUAACCGCUAAGGAAAAUAAAACCAUACCCAAACCUUCCUUUUCUCAUCUAGUAAUAUUAUGGGUGGGUAUGUUAAAGUCAUUUAAAUAAGUUAAAAGGAAGCUCACAUCCAAAGGUUAUUUCCACAGGCUACUCUGGAAAAUACCAGUGCUUGGCAUGAGUGGUUCUAGACUGUUCUGCCAGAGCGUUCAGUAGAGUAGUGACAGUCAACCUCCAGUUUGGAUUGUCCUAGUGUAAAAGUAGAAUAUAUUCUCGGGAAAAGCAGGCAUGCUAUCAGGUGUUCAUUCAACACAUAUUCAUGAAUCCCCAUAUGGGUUUAGGGAAAGAAAGUUUAACUACGCUGUAGGUUUCCCCCAAAGGGAAAGAGAGUAUUAAUCAAAUACUUAUAAGGUGAAAGCACUAUAAAUAAUGCUAUUAAAAUUCUUUGGGAUCUUAAGUAAGGGUAGAAAACCCCCUCUAAUCUGUUAAUGGUUUCACAGAGGAGGUGACAUUUAAAAGAGUCUUUCAGGAUACCUAGGAUUAUCACCAAAUACAGAAAGAGACAGGUGAAGUAGAGGCAUGGGCGUAUAGCACGUCUUAAAUACAGACUGUAUGUAAGAACAUGAAAUUAUAACAGGGUAGCAUUUUGAAAAAUUAGAUUGUUACAUUCAAAAUAGGAUUUUGCCAACAGGCAAUAGUUUGAGAGAAUAAGGACUUUAAAAAUUAUUUUAGUUCUUAUUUAACAUUAAAGAUUGAGCCUGAUGGCUACCGUAGCUGCUUUUCUGAUUGUAUAGAAUAGGUAACUUUAAUCAUUGUUUCAGCUUAGCCAUGAGAAUGGAGUUUGGAAAAUGAAAGAUGUGGCCUGGAGUAAAGUAAAAGGUAUCUUAAUUUUGGGGAUUACUGGGAGGCACUGUGAGAGUCGGAGGACUGAGAACAAAGAUAAAGUUUGGAAGAUACUAGGGUCCCUCCACCAUGCUCCCCAGUACACACUCAAGACUGAGCUGGUGGGGAGAGAAUGCUUUUGAAAUACUGGAGAAGAUAUGGAACUCCAAGAACCAGGGAGCUUUGGUUCUGUUCCAGAAGGAAAGAACUUGUAGGCUGCCUCCAAGUCAGUUGAGGGACAUUUCCAUAUUACAAAUAAACAUGGUAGCAGAGUGUGAUUAAGCAGAAGGGGACUGUAUUAUUCCUUAUAGAACAUUCUUGAUUCCUGUGUAAUGUGGAUGGAGGAAGCUGUUGUGGUGGGAAUGAGGAACUCUACAGCAAAUGCACUGGGUUGUGCCAUCUGGUAAGGGACCAAGUGACUAAUGUAGUCAGACCUCAGUGUAUGGUCAGGGUCCAAAGAGUGGUCAGAGCUAAGAGGAGCCUGAGUUGUCCAAGAAACUUUAUAAAGUCAGCAGAGACCAGGCCGACAGAUCAUUGGCAAGGACACUCUAGGGAUCUAAGGACCACCUUUCCCAGCUCCUGAAAAGCACUGAGAAAGACACCAACAUCCAGUGCCAACCCCUUUUUCCCUUGCCAUUAGUGAGGUUGAAAAAGCCGGCUAAUCACUUUCGAUUCGUCGCUUACCGACUGGGGCGAAUAUUUGACCAAGUAUUGAUCAAUGAGCUAUAAGUGGAAUUUGCUGGGGGUGGCUUUUGUAUGAUGAUUUUUUUAUCUGGAUAAGAUAGGGAUAUGGCUGGGAGCAUGCUCCUGAAGCUUCCUUUCUUUGUCCACGAAGCUAGAAAUCUAAGGAAAAUGCCACUAUGCUAAGUGUGUGGAGUGAAAACCAGAAAGAGCUUCUCAUCCAUGUUAGCACAGAACAGAUAAACUAACAACAGCACUUACUUAUCUUUGGGUUUUUUGUCAUGGAAAAACAAACUCCUAUUUAUUUAGGCCACAGUUAAUCAUCUGAUCUAUAAUUUUCAGGCUUUUCAUCAAAAGUUUAUCAAAAAUUUUACUGUCUGAUAAUCAUGUAAGUUUAUUGAGAGUCUAUCUAAUGAACGGUGAGCAAGGUCCUACCCUAGUCUCAUAUAUAUAGAUGUCUAGAAGACAGAUGUCUCUGCUGGAGUCAUCUAAGCCAAGACUCGGUUAUCUAAGAGUGAUUGAAGCAAGCUGAAGAUUUCAACUUUUUUUCUCUCCAAAAUAAAUCAUAUUUUCCACUAUACAAAUUGUAAUAUGGGUAAAUUGCUAGCCCUAAUCACAAAAUGUUUAGAAAUUAUGAGAUUCAGUGAGCUGGAAAAAUAUUUUUUUUAGUGUCAGGAGUUGAACUGGAGGAGAAUGAGAUAGGAAGGUCAAGUGGCAGCCAGAUUGUGAAGAAACUUGUAUGCUGCAAUCUAAACACGGAUUUUGAAAAGAAUAUAUAUAUAAAACUGAAUAACUUUGCUGUACACCUGAAACUGACACAUUGUAAAUAACUGUAUUUCCAUAAAAAUUUUAGAAAAAUAAUUUAAAAUUUAAAAAAUGGACUCUGACUUGUAGGUCAUUGGGAAUCAUGGAAAAGUUUAAAAUAGGAGAUUAAUACCAAAUUAGUAUUUUAGGAGGAUUGUUUUGGUAACUAUGUAGAAGGAAGAUUGGAGGGGACAUAGAACAGGGACAAUGAGAAUUAUAAAGAAGAUAAUGUAGUUACAUGUUAACUUCAUACCUGGAAUAUGGUUAUUGAUACUUGUUGAAAGAAUUUAACCUUUAGUUCUGGAUUUGCCUAAAAUUGUCAACAUAUUAAAUAUCAGAUAUAGAUGACAAAAACUCGAGAUUUAAGUCUUUGUUUAAAAUUAUUUUAAUAUAAUCAAAAUAUUUGCUAAUAACACUUCUUUUUCAUGACUAAAUAAAAGCAAACAACUGUUAGAUUUUUAAAUUGCAAUUUAUGUGAACUUGCAUGUAUUAGCUUCAUCUCAGCAGGUGCGCAAGGACUGUUUAAUGACUGACAGGCUGAAUUGAAUUCAACAACUUUUUACUGUAUUCAUUGCAUUUUCAAACAGUUUUUCUAACAUCUUGCCUAUGGAUUUGGCCACUAUAACACCCAGCUUUUCAAGGCAAAUACAGUUUUCCAAUUUUGUGUCCUAAUCUCAUAAACAUAGUUUUCCUUGUCAAAUCACAGGUUUCACUUUUUGUUUCAGAAAUGUUAGUCUGUAUUCUUAUACUUUAAUAAACCUAAGAAAUGUCACAAAUGAUCACA